CGUUCUUUCAUCUGAGAAAAUCUUCAAAUCUGCCCGAGGACAUCUUCGAUAGGAGAACAUUUAAUGCACAGAGAGGACUUUAAGGAGGACGACACUCUUUCAGCAGCCGUCCAGGAUGCAGGUGAUCGUGUUAGUCUUGUUGACUGUCACCGCAGUUCAGAUCACAAGGACAGAGGAGGACCCCUGCCCGGAUGUCUGCAGCUGUUCUGAAUGGACAACUUACACAAUCUCCUGCUUUGAAAUCGAUACGCUCCCCAAGUUUCCCGCAAGCACCAAAAUACUAUGGCUCUUUGAGACUCGUCUGUCGCUGCUGCCUGCAGACGCAUUUGCCAACAUGAUCAACAUCUCCAGGAUCUACAUCUCGGUGGACGUGACACUGGCGAGCCUGGAGAAGCAUUCGUUCUCUAACUUGAACAAAAUCACCAACAUUGAAAUACGGAACGCGAGGAGACUGACCCACAUCGACUCUGAAGCCUUCAAGAACCUUCCAAGCCUCAAAUAUCUGGGAAUGUUUAACACAGGCCUCCGGGUCCUCCCUGUCAUGAGCAACAUCCUGUCGAAUGAAGUCAGCUUCAUUUUGGAAAUUGCGGAUCAUCCCUACAUCACGGACAUCCCGGCAAAUUCCUUCAAUGGCAUCACAAGUGGGAUGCUAACAAUGAUGCUGUAUGGAAACGGGUUCAAAGAAAUCCAUCAUCACGCCUUUAAUGGGACCAAGCUCGAUCAAGUCGACCUUCACAGGAAUAAAUAUUUGACCAGGAUUGAUGAAAGGGCUUUCGCAGGAACCCUCAGCGGCCCCAUGCUCCUUGACGUGUCCCAGACGGGGAUCAACUCCCUGCCAACGACAGGGAUGGACGCCCUGCGGGAGCUGAAGGCUCUGAACGCGUGGGCCCUGAAGAAACUGCCCCCCAUCAAAAUCUUCAAGCACCUCACCAGUGCCAACCUCACGUACCCGAGCCACUGCUGCGGCUUCAAAAACCUCAAGAGGAGGCGAGGAUUUUUGGAGUACAUCAUCUGCAACCUGACGGCGUUCUACGACCAGCAGCACAAGCGCUCAGUCGGGUCACAACGCUUGCCCUCCGCCUACGAAGAUGGCUUCGUGGAGACAAGUGAGGAGCAGGAGUGGGGCAGCCCAGGCCAUGACCUUGAGUCUCACCAAGAAUGGAGUCAAGGAGAACUGCACGGGAGCUUGCCCUACCAUGCCUAUCUUGGAAGCCAGCCAGAUGAGGAAGUGGGUUUUGGCGAGACCCUCAAGAACCCCCAGGAGGACACCAGCCAAGACUUUGACAACCGGUAUGAUUAUGUGGUGUGCGAGGAGGGGGGGGAGGUGGCGUGUGCGCCAGUGCCUGAUGAGUUCAAUCCCUGUGAGGACAUAAUGGGCUUUGCAUUCCUCAGAGUGUCUGUGUGGUUUGUGAGUCUGCUGGCGGUACUGGGAAACGUGGUGGUUCUUCUGGUGUUGCUCACCAGCCACUACAAGCUCUCCGUCUCCCGCUUCCUCAUGUGCCACCUGGCGUUCGCAGACCUGUGCAUGGGCAUUUACCUUCUCCUCAUUGCCUCCGUGGACCUCCACACCCAGGCAGAGUACUUCAACCACGCCAUCGACUGGCAGACGGGUCCGGGUUGUGCCCUGGCUGGGUUUUUCACCGUCUUUGCCAGCGAGCUCUCGGUAUACACACUGACUGUCAUCACGCUUGAACGGUGGUACGCCAUCACCUUUGCCAUGAGGCUGGACCGCAAGCUGCACCUCCACCACGCGGCUGCAGUGAUGCUCACCGGGUGGAUUUUCUGCCUUCUCCUGGCACUUCUACCUCUCAUCGGGGUGAGCAGUUACCAAAAAGUCAGCAUCUGCCUUCCAAUGGACAUCCAGUCCACAGUGGCCCUGGUCUACGUCAUCUCAGUCCUGCUCCUCAAUAUCAUCGCUUUCAUAGUCAUCUGCGCUUGCUACGUUAAGAUCUACUGCGCCGUCCACAACCCUCACUAUAGGUCCGGGUCGAAAGACACCAACAUAGCCAAACGGAUGGCUGUGCUUAUAUUCACCGACUUCCUUUGCAUGGCACCCAUUUCCUUCUACGCCUUAUCCGCAGUUAUGGACCGUCCGCUCAUCACCGUGUCCAACUCGAAGAUCUUGCUUGUUCUGUUCUACCCCCUGAAUUCCUGCGCCAACCCGUUCCUUUACGCCAUAUUCACCAAGGCUUUCAGGGGGGAUGUCUUCAUCCUCAUGAGCAAAGUGGGACUGUGUCAACACCGAGCGCAACUGUUUCGAGGGCAAACCGUGUCAUCAAAGGGCAGCAGUGGGACAUCGCAAGGGCGGAAAGAAAAGGACAGGAUCAGGAGAGGGGGCAGUGAAGACGUUCCCAUAAAUCUAAACAAGAGUUCAGGACAUACCUAACCAAAACAAUAUUCACCAGCCCAAGGUUUUGAAAAGGUCAGAAGAGGUGGUGAGUCCUUGAAAUGUUUGAGGACAAAGACUCUCCAUUAUUCUCUACCUGCCGCGCUCCUCUGGCCAAGUUCAGCUGUUUUCCCGAUUCCUGCUGUAAUGAUUUUAUGGUUCCAGUCCAUAGAGAAUAUCAAGUAUUGCUGAAAUCGGAGCUGGAGUUCAUCUCACUUCGGUCCUUUUGUGUUCAAAAGAAACUGUGGCGAGUAUAAAGCAGGGAUUAUUUUGAAGGGAGAAAAAAAAAAAACAGAGCAAUGACAAAACCUCACACCAGAGGAAAGUUUCCCCCCCAACUCAAAGUUAUAUUUCCGCCUCCAUUCAAACGAAGCUUGAGACUGUGACUGACAUUUUUAACAGAUUUGUUCGACCGUGUAUUUCUUUUUCCAGUGAUAAGAGGGGCGUCUCGGUGAGCACACAUUUUAUUAUUAUAAGCUGACUGUUGAAGCACAUGUGCAAAUGCAACCUUUCCGGCUGGCCGGAGCCCGUUUCCUCCCUUUAA